AUGAGACACCUUUCUAGUUCACUUCCACCACUGGCUACUGUCUUUGUUACUCUAGAAUACUUUAUAAUUGUCUUCCACCUGGUGUGGAAAAUAGGGCUUCCCGUCCGCUCAGCCGUACUCAAGCCACACGCCGGUGAGUUAGUAGUUGGGUGGGUGACCACCAGCGAAUCCUCACUGUUGUAUGUUUUUUGGUUUUUGAUUCGUUCACAAAGUACCCUGAUACAUUCCUUCAUGCCUAUGCUUUCGUAA